GUGACUGUGACUGCAUUCUACACAGGCUGUCAAACCUGCAUGUCCACAUCCUCUCUGGUGAAGAUAAUGAGCAUUUGCAUCACACUGGAAACACUUACAUUAGACAAAUAUCUGGAGCAGAGGUGCUGAAAUGAAGGCAGAUGUGAUAUUUCUGCUCAUCUGUCUGCUGGUACAUGUUGUCAGUGGCACAUUGUCAAAGACAGAUGCCAAAAAAGCCAGUAAGAUCCAGGAGGCUGAGACGACAGCAGCAGAUCGUCCGGCGCAGGACCGGGGUCUGUUGGUGUCGGACCCUCACUGGAAGGAUAUAGUGAGGGAGGAGAAGCGUUACUGUCCGCAGUGCGUUUCCGCACGAAACUUCCAUGGAGCCGUACUGGGCUACAUCACACCUUGGAACUCUCGUGGAUACGACAUCACAAAGCUGUUCGGUCCCAAGUUGACGUCCGUGUCUCCGGUGUGGCUCCAGCUGAGACGAAGAGGACCGGAGAGUUUCCACAUCACCGGAUUGCAUGACCACGACCCCGGUUGGGUCAAAGCUGUGAGGAAGGCCAACAAAAAAAACAGAAUACUACCUCGGCUGUUGUUUGACGGAUGGUCGUAUCAGGAUUACAUGAGCGUGCUGGACAGCGAGGACGAGGUCGAGGAGUUGGGUCGAGAGGUGCUGGAAGUGGCAAAGGCUGAAGGUUUUGAUGGGUACACACUGGAGUUAUGGAGUCAGUUAGGAGGAAACAAGAGAAAAGAGCUGGCGCACUUGGUCACACAUCUCUGUGAAACUCUGAAGGUCGGGAAGCUGAGCUGUGUGCUGGUCAUUCCUCCUGCGAUAACACCGGGUACGGGUCAACCUGGUAUGUUUGAGCGAGAGGAUUUUGAGAAACUGGCACCUGUGGUGGACGCGUUCAGUCUGAUGACGUACGAUUAUUCUGGCCCUGGAAGGCCCGGGCCGAGCUCUCCGCUGCCGUGGGUCAGAGAGUGCAUCCUUCAGCUCGCUCCUCAGAACCAGUGGAGACAUAAAAUCCUGGUGGGAAUCAACAUGUACGGUCUGGACUUCAGCAGUCACGGUGGGGCAGAACCGCUGCUGGGGGGCAGAUAUAUUGAACUCCUGAAAGAGGUCAAACCUAAACUCCAGUGGGAUGUAAACGCUGGAGAACAUUUCUUCAAUUAUAAAAGGAAUAAUGGAGUAAAACAUGUUGUUUACGCUCCCACUUUAAUGUUUCUCCAGCUCCGUAUUGCAUUGGCAUCUGAACUGGGAACUGGAAUUUCCAUGUGGGAACUGGGACAAGGAUUGGAUUAUUUCUAUGAUCUUUUGUGACCUAUUCAGUUGUGAUUAAACCUGCUUCCAAACAAUAGAGUGUAAUUUAUCAAGGUUCUUAGGAUAGUUAUGGGGAUACCAUUGUUGAGCAUGCCAAUAAAAUUAUUUUUUAAUUACA